AUGGUGCUAUAUCCGAAGGUUUUGUUGGCAGUGCUGGUAAGUCAUGCCACGGCACAAUUUGUGCCCGCACCCACCGACUUGAUCACCAAGACAGGACACGCCGGCAUCGAUGUGCGAUAUAAGGAAGUGCCUCAUGGGAUUUGUGAACAAGACCCCAGUGUGAAGAGUUAUUCUGGUUACGCUGAUGUUGGUGAGGACGAGCAUAUUUUCUGGUGGUUCUUCGAGGCUAGAAACGGAGAUCCUAAAGAUGCACCUCUUACAGUUUGGAUCAAUGGAGGCCCGGGAUCAUCGUCCAUGAUCGGGCUAUUCCAGGAGCUAGGCCCCUGUGGAGUUGAUCACGACGGAAAUGUAUACAACAACCCUUAUUCUUGGAGCAACGUGAGCAAUAUGCUCUUCGUUGACCAGCCUGCCACGGUUGGACUAUCAUAUACAAUCCCGAUUCCAGCCUACGAGGAUGACGAUGGCAAUGUUAUCCAGUUGCCCAGCGAGGAGUGCCCCGAUUAUGCCCAGGACCUUGGGACAUGCGGCACAUACUCCAAGCCAGACAUUGCCCUAGUCCCUAAUACAACUGCACGUGCGGCCCCAAAUAUGUGGAAGACACUACAAGGAUUCAUGGGAGCUUUCCCAAAGUACUCGAGAAAUGGCUUCAACUUCGCCACUGAGAGCUACGGGGGGCACUAUGGCCCAGUCUUCAACGAGUACUUUGUCAAACAAAACGCAAAAAAGCCCCAUGGCUCGAUUCGGAUCGAUCUUGAGAACGUCCUUAUUGGAAAUGGCUGGUUCGAUCCGCUGAUUCAAUACCAGGCGUACUACAACUUCUCUAUCUUCCCGGGAAACACUUAUGACUACAACCCGUACAACGAGUCGGUGCAGGCCGAAUGGUACAACAAUCUUUAUGGAGAAGGUAACUGCGUCGAUCGGACUCGGGAAUGUUACGCGACGGGUCGAAACGAUAUUUGCUCUGCGGCGGACGACUUCUGCGCUUCGAAGGUUGAGUCGCUCUUUGAUAUCUACUCAGGGCGCGACGAGUAUGAUAUGCGAGAGUUGACACCCGAUCCGUUCCCAUACGAAUUCUACGUCGAUUAUCUCAACAGCCCCAAGGUUCAAGCCGCUAUUGGAGCAUACCAGAAUUUCUCGGAGUUCUCCGGGACUGUGGGCAAUGCCUUCGGAAGCACAGGCGACGACGACCGCGAGUCUGCGACGAUAGAGAAUGUGAGGAAGUUGUUGGAAGCUGGAGUACAGGUAUUGCUGUAUUUCGGGGAUGCCGACUUCAACUGCAAUUGGCUCGGUGGACAAGUUGUGGCUGAGGAGAUCAAUGCCCCAGGGUAUAAUCACGCAGGUUUCGUGAACAUCACCACCUCGGACGGCGUUGUUCAUGGACAAGUUCGUCAAAGUGACUUGUUUAGCUUUGUGCGAAUUUAUGAGUCCGGUCACGAAGUACCUUUCUACCAGCCAUUGGCUGCGUUAGAGGUGUUUGAGAGAGUGCUUUUGAGAAAGGACAUUGCAACGGGUAGCCACCAUUUGAAGCCACACGGCGGUUAUCGAACUCAUGGAACCCCGACAAGUGACUACCGAGAGGGGAACAGUACAGUGAUUCUGGAAGUGCUGGAUAGCAAUACGACCUAUAACACAACUCUCAAUGGACCGAACCCAUCUAGCUCGGCUUCGGUCAGAUUACGCAGCCGACGGUUGAGAAGUGUUUGA